AUGAGCUUUCAAGACAUAGAAACCGGGCUCGCCCAGGCACCUUCCUCCCUCUCCCCUCCUCCUGGUGCUGGAAAUGCACAGUCGCGAGAAGAAGCAGCUUUCUCAAACCUACAAUCUUCGCUAUCCUUACAAGUCUUCAAGAUUAACGCGAAUGUCCAAGGGAUACUGAAGCUUGUGGAUCAGUUGGGGACAAAUAGGGAUACGGGGAGUGUUAGAACUGGAUUACAUAAUCUAACGGAAACGACGAGGGAUAUGGCCAAGCGGGGGUCGGAGGACUUAAAGAAGCUGGCUGCGUUGCAGAGUACUCUGCCAAAUCAGAAAACAGCUCUUCAGAAGACAUCACACGACUUCCAACUCUCACUCGUUGCGUUCCAACGUGCGCAGCAGGUCAGUGCGGAGAAACAGCGCACCGUUGUUGAGGGUGUGAAACUAGCUGUGGACGAGGAACAUACUGGUGCUCGAGAGGCUGGAUUUUCUGAUGCUCAACCUGGAACAUCUCCUGAGCAACGGCAGGCUCAAGUAUUACAACAGCAAUUAUCACCGUACGAACUCGCGCACCAAGAAUCGUUAAUCCAAGAACGCGAAGAAGAGAUAAGAGAGAUCGAGACUGGUAUACACGAACUUUCUGAGAUCUUCCGAGACUUGGGGACGUUAGUCAGUGAGCAGGGCGGUAUGCUCGACAAUAUCGAAUCGAAUAUCUCUUCCAUAGCUGUCGACACCACUGGUGCAGCAGAGGAACUCAACACUGCAUCCGAAUACCAACGGAAAGCAGGACGAAGAGCAGCAUGCUUGAUGAUCAUACUCGUUAUCGUCGUGUGUAUCGUCUUAUUAGCGGUCCUGUCCUGAUGCUACGCACAUAGCGCUGUUCAAUAUGGCAAUUACAGUGUCUCGAUGUUGGCAGUGAUGCUUCUUAGACGAUUAUGGAGAUUCUUUUGGACUUUAUUACUUAUCUUGCGUGGCAAUGUCAUUAUGGCUUUUUAAUAUGUAUUAUUCAUUCGAACUAUCUACCUACCUACCUACCUACAGC